CUUUUUGACCUUGCAGGUGCUAAUCAUUACUUUACUUUGUGCUCAACUGAUUCCUUGGCCCUGGGUGGAGGUGGUCAUUUUGCGCUAUACUUGGAUGGAGAUCUGUUGAAUGGGUCGAGUUCAACUUCAGAAACUUUUGGCAAUUCCUGUCUUGCACACUCCGAAGACUUUGGGGUCAAGGAGGUUGAGCUGUGGGGGUUUGUCUAUGCUUCGAAGUACGAUGAGAUGGUAACUCUAUGUCGAACAGAGAAACCAGGGAUCUGCAGAUGGUGAAUUGCUGUUGAACGUUUGGAAGGAUUGUGGCAUAUUUAAACCUUCUGUUUGUAGCUAACACAUGUUUGGAGUUAUUGUACACAUGUGACCAGGCAUUCUGUAUAUAAAGAUCACGUAACAUA